ACAGUUCAAUUGACUUCAUCUCUCGACAGUCGGCUGAAUUAUUGAUGCAUAUUUGAAGUAAAAUGAAAGCUGAAGAUAGAUUGCCUAUCAAUUUCCGUCGGGUCAGUUCGAGAACGAAUAACAGAAGAUGUAGCGAGUUGCGAGCAAUGGCUGCUAACAAGAAUCGGGAUUUUCUUAGCCAAAGCCCAACUGAGGAUACACCGACAACAAGCACACGACAUCUAUCAUUACAAAAGUUGGAAAACAGAUGUAGUGCUUCGCAUACUGAAAGAAGACGCUACAAGUAUUCACCGCUCUGUUGUGUUGAAAAAUGGAAAUAUCAUCAGAAAUCUAUCAGAAAAUGCGUUAAAGUAUUUUUAAUCAUAAUUGCGAUAUUUCAAAUGGUAUGCGGAAUGAUUUUUGCAGCAAUUCAUGUAGUUCUCUCAUUCUCAUCUGAUCAAGUAACCAAUGAAUUACAAAAUCCUUUGCCUAUUUACUUAUCAGCGGCGAUGGUGGCAUUAUCAGGAUUAUGUGACAUGGUACUCUCAAGAAUAAAAACACCCUACAUGAUUCUAACUGGAAUAUUCUUUAGCAUCAGUUCUUGCGUCAUCACGUUGGCUGGGUUACUUUCAUCCGCAACAGUCUCUCUGCCCAAGUUUUCAUCGUUUGUGAAGUUUCAAUUUGACUCAAAAUUGCAAACGUGUACAGCUUACACACGGUGGGAUAAACAACUCAACGGGACUUUCACAGGGGGAAUAACAUAUAACAAGAUUUCGGGAUGCUCUCUCAUUGAAUCCACACUUCCUCCCAUCACAGUAACGCUAGUUAUAUUUUACGCCAUUGCAUGUUUCACAUCAUUUGUGGCUUGCUUCUUGCUGACAAUAUUGCUGUGUGUUCCAGACAACAACAAAAAAUUGAAUCGAAUGGAAAGCAAGGAAUCAAGUUAUGUCAACUACGAUCUUGAGCUAGAUAAUAUUUGUGACGUUGAAUCUUGGAGAGAUGAGUCACGUGUAAAAUCACGUGAUAUUCGCCGUGAUCAGAACGAAGGAUACCUCCCCGGAGUGACGAUACCUCAUUAUACUCUACCGUACAUAAUUCCAUUGUCCGAAAAUGAGUUUUUAAGAAGAACAGCAAGUUGCACCACACGCGAUGAUAUCAGAUUGGAAUUGACCACGCCCCAAACGUUCUCAACUAAUACCGUAUGUGGAUGCAGUAGCGGAACAGUUGUGAGUUCAGUGGUCUCAACAAAUUAUCCUAAAGCAACAAGUGCAACAGUUGGAAGACACAAACAAUAUAGAAGACCUAUGCUACCACUCGAGUUCGGAGGUAUUUCACUUUCAAAGCCCAAAGAAGAUGAAGAGCGACUGGCAGGUAAUGAUAGAGAUGACAGACUUCCGCAGCAUAAUAUGCGAAGUUCAGAAACACAGCAUUUUCAGACAAAGCCAUUAACAUACGAAUCAGAGAGACAGAAGAUUACUAUUGGAAAAGUGGAGGACAUCAGAAGAUUUCAAGACAAAAGAGGCAAAACAGUUUCUUUCAAUCGUGACGAAGAGAGUUACUCCCCUCCGCCAUAUUCUGAAUUGCCUGACUACGGAAGCCGAGCACAAGCCAAUGCUAGGGUAUUAACUGGAUCAAUUUUACCAGAAACUCCUGGCAUGGCUUGCGGCUCUCAUUUUGCAGGAGAAACUAUUCUUUGAGUUCAAUAUUUAUAUACUCCUGCCAAUGCCGUCUUUCCAUAUUCGAACCGCUAUGCCAGGGCCAUGAUAUUAUCUGAAAAUUGGAAGAAACCCACAUAGACUAGACUUCUUCAUUAUUCAUUAGUGUUUGUAGUUCGCAAGCAACACAUUAUUGUUUUUUCUCUGUUGUAAAAUUGUGCUAAAGAGAUAAUUUUUGGAUUUGUGGAAUAAAAGAAAAUUCACUUGCAAUA